GGACAGAACUUGAGGUGAUCAUGCUUAGCAAAGUAAGGAAAGAAGUGAAAGACAAACUACUGGAUGUUUUCACUCAUGUGGGUUGCAGAGAAUUGAAAUACACCAACUUAGGGGGAACAAGAAACCUGUCUCCACAGGCAGGGAGUAUGGAUCGACCUGUCAACGCCCAUGUUCAGCGGGCAAGCAAUUACAGAAGCCAGACCUCCCACCUUCUGCACCCCAUAAUGACCCUGGGUCAUUACUCCCAGAGGGUUAAAGAGUAGGAAAGCUAUCAAGGGGAGGGGAUGGGAUACGGAGUUCUGGUGGUGAGAAUUGUGUGGAGUUGUACCCUCUUAUCCUAUGGUUUUGUUGGUGCUUCCUUUUUAUAAAUAAAAACUAAAACAAACAAACACAAAAAAACCUGUCUCGAGUCAAGUGGACAUGGCCAACAUAGGCAGAUGGCAGCCACUGCACCCCUGUGAGACCUACCACACGGAACAGAAGCUCUGCCAAAGCGCUAGGCACUUUCUGCAUAGCUACUACGUGCAUGGUGAGUGGUCGACCCGCAAGCAGUGGCGUUGCGACCCGGCCAGCUGCCAAGCCUGGGAGCAGCACCGCAGUGCCAAAGCCCAGGUUACAAAGAAGCACAACCUGGUGUGGGCCCUGAGGCAGAAACCCCCAUAGACUGGCACCUUCCUCUGCCAGAGGAGGAGAAAGACAGAUGAUGAGCAGCCCCGUGUAGCCUCUUCUCAUUCAUGUGAUCCACCUAAACAGUCUAAUGUAUCCCUGGAGGUUUCUGCAUGACUUCAAACAGAAACGAAUGUCUCCAGCUUCACUUCCCUGCCUCUCACCUGUCUAUAGGGCACCCACUGCUGCUGUACUCUGAAAGACAAAUGGGCCCACUGCACAGCUUCCAGGAAGCCUGGCAUCACCACAGACUUCUGGACAUCCGGGUCAAGUGGACUCAUGUUAUUCACCCACUUCCAAGCCUAAAGCAGCGGCACAGGGGAAUGCCACCAGGAGGUCUAGAAUUCUCAGGUAAACUGAGUGGUGGCCUAGGGUGAACCCGGAAGAGGGCAGAAUGUGUCAUCACCAAGCUAGGACCAGGAAAGUUGUUCAUCACACACAAUUGACUGUGCUGUGAUGAACAACUUUCCUGGUAUUAGCCUGGUGAUGACACUGCCUUGCCAGCACAGGUGUUAUACUCUACUGCUGUCCAUGUGUCCACAGGCUCUGCAUCACAGGUGGCCUGUGCCUCUGGAUCAGUACUGUGCACCACCUAAGCUCACGGAAAAACCCUUGGAAACUCUGGUUUUCAGAUGCAUAUGGAUACACAACGCACAAGCUAGCAUGGAAAGGGGUCAUGGAGAGGAGCCGGGUGGUGGCGCACUUGGUAAAGCACACUUAUCACCAUGCGCAAAGGAUUCAGUUUGAGCCCCUGCUCCCAACCUGCAGGAAGAGUGGCUCAUGAACAGUGAAGCAGGUCUGCAGAUGUCUUUCUGUCUCCGUAUAUCCCCUUCCCCGUCAAUUUCUCUGCCAAAAAAGGAUGGAUCAUGGAAUCAUGAAUUAAAGCCAAGCUUCAGACACAUGGAUGUUAGGUCUCCUUCCCUCAGUUUCCCCUGUUCACUUUUCAGAUAAGAGAUACCACAAAGAUCAUUUCAUACAUUUGAUUCUAAAUAGAGGCUGAGAAUUAAAUCUACAUUUGUUGAAAUCAUGACUUUUCAUACCUGACAUUAUUGUGCUAAGCAGUAUUAGAAUUUUAUAUGCUUAUAACCCUUGUAGAUGCUUUUAAAACAUAUGUGUAUGAACCAAAUAAGAACGCUCUAUUGCUACUACUAGUAAUACCGUUUACGGUGACUGUACAGCAGCCCUAGUCCUGAUGCUGAGGAUGAUGCUGUGAGGUCCUGGAGCCUUCCUGCUCUUUUCUGACCAGUGGAAGCCUCACUUUGAGUUCCUCCCUCAGGAGUAGGCCAUGACCUGAACACAGUCAAACAUCUUUUCACUUACCUUUUGGGGCAGAAUAAUUGUCACUUCAGAAUAACAUAUAUUAAAGAAUAAGAUUUGGGAAAGAAAAAAAAAAAAAAAAACCUGUCUCAAAGACUUUGUGAAAACUCUGGUACCCAAAUCUAGAUCUGCUUGAGGAAGCAACCAUCCACCACCUGUAACUGGGCUAAAAGCAUCAGCACCUUCUGCACUC